AUGGGUUUUCUAUCAAGUAUUGCUUGGUGUUCAAUCCGUGAUUGUUUUCUUGUUUUAAGUUGCAUGACUCGUGCAUUAUUUGAUACAGAUUUAGAUAUAAAUACUAUGAUUAAAAAAAUUCAUGGUACUCAAUCAAAUCAUCUUAUUUCUUUGACUUAUGUUGUACAAGAUAAAAAAUUUAAUAAAAAUUUGGUCAAAAGAAAACUUAGUAAUAAAGAUGAUGAUGAUAUUCAAUGUGUUCGUGUUAAUCUAUCUGGUUCACAACUUGAUCUUGUUAUUAAAAAUAAAAACGAUCAAUUUCGUUUUGUUCUUUAUCCAACGGAUUUAUCACAUAUAUGUUGCAAUUCUAAUUAUUCCUUCAUUAUUACGAUUAAAAGAAAAUCAAAGUAUUAA